AUGGCGGGCCUCGGCCACUUCUCGCCGCGGCCCUACCGGGACCUCUGGGACCCCCCGGCGCUGGCCCGAGAGCGCGUGUCCUCAGCGCGGCUGGCCGAGCCCGGGACCUGGGUGGAGCCGGCCCUGAGCGCCUGGGCCCGGGCCCCGGUCGACGAGAGCGAGACCGAGGCGCCCUGGCAGGCGCUGCAACCGCGCUGUUCGUCCACCCGGCGGCCUCGGAGACCCCUGUACGCAGACGCGCCGCAGGAAAGCCGCAGCCUGACGGACGUUGCCCGGAGGCUCCCGAACCGCGCCAGGAAGCUACGGUCCCGCAGCCGGCGUUUGGAGGAUGCCUGGGGGGAGGCAGAGACCAAGCAGCAGGGAGGCGUCGGGAACAACCUGGCCUGGCAGUCACAGACCCAGCUGCAACUCCAACAGCCUCAGCCCUGCCAGGACUUCCCUCCAGCUCGGAGAGACUCGCCCCCACCCAACUCUGGGGAAACUUAUACUCCCCUGAGUGGAACUUUUGGGAAAGAAAAGGUACAGAGUGGAGAGCAGUGGGCUGUGCCUGUCUGUAGAGGUCUGGAUCACUGGUCUCUUUCCUCACUUCCCACAGAGAAGUCUUCUGUGCCCUCCAAAGAGGUCAGGACACAGUCAACCAGUGUGUACACCCAGAACAGGAACAGUAAAGAGCUGACUGGGUCAGUGCCCAGCCAUUGUUCCCUGUCCUUAGGAUCCAGUCAGGAGAUCCAGAGCCAGCAAACCCAGAUCCUCAAGAACAAGCUGGCAGAGGCAGUGAUCUCCUCCAGGGACCAGAAGAUCGUUGACUUGGUGCUGGUCCGGCUCAAGAAGGCCCAGAGGAUGCGGGAGCUGCAGCAACAGGCAGCUGUAGCCUGGGAGGAGCUGAAGCGCUCAGACCAGAAGGUCCAGAUGACCCUGGAGAGGGAGCGCUGGCUGCUGCUGCAGCAAGGCCAAGAGCGGUGGCAGCAGGAGAAGGAGCAGCACAAGGCUCUCCUAAGCUGGGAGCAGCACAGCCGACAGGCCAGCCGGGUGAAGAACAUGGUCCAGAAGGAGAGCCAGUGGAAGACUCAAUUGGAUGACGAGGAAAACCAGCUCCGGGAGAACCUGGAGAGGGCCCGCACCCAGGUCAAGCACCAGAAUCAGUGCCAGAUGCAGCAGUUGAGGGAGCAGGAGAAGGUGCUGCAGGGUCUGCGGGAGCAGAACAUUCUGCAGCUGCAGAAGAGGUUGGAGCAGGCCUGCUACAAGACGCACCAGCACACCAUGGAGGACAGGAAAAAGGCCCAGGAAACCAACCUUACCUCCUUGGUCAAUCACCAGGCCCGGAAGGUCCUCAUGGAGUGCCAGGCCAAGGCUGAGGAACUCCUCAGGAAACUGUCCCUGGAGCAGAGUUUUCAGCAGACCCACGAGACCCACAGGUGCCUGCUUAAGGAGCAUCACCGAGAGCUGAGGGACAAGGCCCGGAAGAAGAAGUAUUUCCAGCAGGUCAAGUGGCAUGCAGGAGAGUCCGAGGAGCAGAGAAAGGUACACAAAAGGAUGCUGAUGGAGCUGGCAGACCAGAAGAUCCAGCAGGCCAGGAGUAACGUCCACAAAAAUCUUAGGGACAAGGUGCAGCACAUUCGAGACCUCAACAUCCUGCAGGAGAAGAAUCACCACAUCCUGAGGCUGAAAGCUGAGAAGGAGGAGAAGUGCCACAUCGAGGGCAUCAAGGAAGCCAUUAAGAAAAAGGAGCAGAGGAUGGACCAGAUCUCCCGAGAGAAAGAGGCAACCCUUGAGGAUUUCCGAAAGAUCUCCAGGGCCUCUCUGCAAGUGAGAGACAAAAUGAGGCCCCUUCACAACAGCUCGCUUCGAUCAGAGGCACUGGAUGCCCAGCACUGUGCCAGUCAGCAGAGAGGGAGCUACUGAGAGACUGAGGGCACAUAGUCUUCAGCCUGUUGCCA